ACCGAGAGACGUGAAGCGAAGCGGCGGAGGGGCAGAGAAACUCACAGGCACCGGCACCAGCGUCUGCAACAAAGCUUGCCAUAAAAGUGAAUGAGAGCGUGAAUAUCCACCUCCAGACAGUGAGUGAACAAACCGCCUCGUUAUCAGCCGGAGUGCCGCAGAGAAGACGCGCAGAUGGACACCAGGAACACCACUGAAGAGAAACCUGUCCAGCGAUCUAAGUCUUUCAGCUUUAAGACCCAAAAGGAAGUGUGUUCAUCAUGUGACAAGACGGUCUACCCAAUGGAGAGAUUGGUUGCCAACAACCUGGUCUUCCAUUCAACAUGCUUCUGCUGCAAGCACUGUAACGCCAAACUCAGCCUUGGCACCUUCGCAGCUCUUCAGGGUGAAUUUUACUGUAAACCCCACUAUCAGCAGCUGUUCAAGAGCAAAGGCAACUACGACGAGGGCUUCGGACGCAAACAGCACAAAGAGCUCUGGGCCUCCAAGGACUCAGAUAAUAUAACAAAGACAGCAUAAUAAUCAUGUCUGCCUGUGUCCCAUCCCAGCCCUGCCUCUCCCUUUUCCUCCUCCUAACACCUCCAAUACAUCACGAUGAACACAUGCCGCAUAGGCUGGGGGCACUGCUAAAUCACCCACGAGCUCACUCGCUUUUUACAUGCCAUCAGAACAGAUACAUGCACAAACAGCUAGGAAAUGACGGGCAAAUCAGAGUCCAUACCACAUAAAAAAUUAAUUUUGGGGAAAAUAUUUAGGAGUUGAUUUUAUUGAUAGCUGCAUUUUUAAAAUUUUAUUUUCCAGUUUCUUAUUUGGAAUUGGUAGUUGAUUGUGACCAAAAGCCUUCUCUGAUAUGGGGAGUCUAAUAAAAAUAAUAAUCACUUUUCUUUUUUAUUCCUUUUAAUGAUUUGCACCCUUUUUAUUUUAUUUUUUAAAAUAAGUAAACUGUAUGCUCAGGCAAACAUAUCAGAGGGGUUACAGAGCAUCAAUGUUUUGCAGUAGAGCAUACACUCAGGUCAAUUUCCACAAAAAAAGAUUGCAUAGUUUCACUCAUUUUUAACAAUACAACACAAAUCAAAAUAAUAGUCCUCAGUAUUGUAACUUUGAUGUCAGUUUGUCAGGUUUCAUAUAUUUGAGGAACAAACAGGGUACAGAGUACUGUAAAAUAACUGCGCACAUCAGCAACAGCUCACCUCUCGUGUUUUUGUGUUUAGUUUUAUUAUUGUUCGCCUCAUCCCAUGGUUUGUUCUUUUAUUGACCACUUUGAGUCUUAUCCUUGCAUGUUGAGAUGAGUGGGUCUUAAUAGCCUUAUCUUAUUCUGACUGACUGUAUCGCUCUUUGGUGUUGUGAAUGAUUUGUUUUAUUAGUUUUCAUUGAUAGCAAACCACUUUUGAAAGUUUUUAAAAGCACUUGAGUUUGGAUUUGAUUGAUGUCACGGCAUAAGUUGAUCCUCGCUGAGCUUUUAUGGUGGAAAUUUUAAUGGAAUUCUCAGAUUGUGUUUUGUAUACUAUCUGUACAUAGAGCUGUCGUUCGUGAUUAGUGAACAUUCCCCGUCACACUGUACUCCCGUCUUGCACAGAACGACCACACGUGCUCACCGGACAAGAUGUUGAUAAUCACAGGGAAACUGAGGCCUCGUUCGUCAACAUCCCUCACUCCUUCGUAUGAAACACUUCAAGAGGAGCUCUAAACGUUUUUGUUAAAUUCCUUACUACAGUUACGUUUCUGUGUCACCAAUGAGGGUGUUGAUGGUCAGAGCUUAAGCCUUGCAGGAAAUCACACAGUUUUGUUCCUUCGUCAUGUCACACUUGAUAGUUGUUGGCGUCUUGUGAUGAUUUUUCCCCCUGCUGUAUUUGAGUGUGUUCGUAUAACUGGACGUGUAACUUUUUAAGGGCACGUAGACAGAUCCAAUUACAGUGUCUUGAACAUCCAUGGCUAUUUGCCCCCCCCUCCCCACCCUAUCCCAUCCAA